AUGUCUUCGAAUCUUACUCUAUCAACCGAUAAUGACCUCGAGAAGACAUGGCGGCUAGUGGUACAAGAAUUCAGCAAGGAGGCAAACCUGGACUGGGCCAAGGUAAAAAAACUGUCAAUCGAAGACGUUAUCAGCAAGAUCGAUCCGAAGGAGGCGAAACCAGCAACGAAAUCAAGAGCAAAAGACUUUGUCAAUGAUACAUUAAGUUUCGUUCAGAAACUUGGGAAGAUCAUAUCUCCUCUGGCAGGAAUGGCCUUGGGGCCGAGUGAACAAUGCUUCAACGCCCUCAACUUUGUCAUUGUCGCCGUGCAAGACUACAAGAAGAUCUUCGAAGACUUGACUCUACUUCUGGAGCGAGUAUCCGUAUUCCUCCGGCAACUCAAUGUCUAUAUCGAAGACCAAGAUGACAGAUGUGUUACGCUGGAUGAGCGACUAAGGCCAAGCGUCUAUCGUGUUCUUGAGCAUUUCAUGGCCAUUAUGACCCUGACUGUCCAAUUUAAAUCCAAGAAGUUCAAAGUGAAGGCUUUUGCAAAGACACUACUACUCGGGGAUGGGAGCGGUGUUACAGAAGCAUUGGCCAUGCUCGAGACGCGGGUAUCAGAUGUUGUCCGCAUACAAGUUUCAGUAAUCGGGAAGGAUCUUUCCAAAGCUGCACAAGAUAUCCGCACUAUGAAGACCGACUUAGAUCUCAUUCUCAGAUAUGACGAAGAUGCCAGAAACAGUCUGAAGAGACUGGAAGAAAACCAGGAAGCAAAGGGGAAACUGUCUCUUAUCCACUCCUCGCUAAAUCUCGAUACUGUCGACUUAGCGCGGCGCCGCCAUGCUCAGAUCGCCGAAGAGCGCGUGGAGAAUACCGGUCACUGGCUGUUUUCAAGAAAUGAAGCCUUUGUUAGUUGGAGUGACAUUGAGAAAAACACUCCACCAAUGAUAUUGGUGAUUGGUGAAUCAGGUUGCGGGAAGACAUUCUUAGCCUCAGCCGUGGUAGAGCACCUCCAGAAGAGAACGACAGACGCAACAUAUUCCUCAAAAGCUUUCGUAGCAUUCCAAUAUUUACAAGGAUCGUUGUCUGAUAAAACGGAUGUAUCAAAAUUGAAUCAGGGACUUCAAUCGACGAUUUGGCAGCUUGCGCAAGCUGACAGUGCCUAUCGAGAUUUCUUAGCCAAAGCCUGUAAGAAAAAUGUUGGAAAUAAUACCAUGGACGAAAUCUGGCAGAAUCUCGUUGUUAAAUAUGAACCCAAGGAUGAGACAACGUUUUUCAUGGUCAUAGAUGGAGUGCAGAGCUCGGCUGAUGCCUCGCCGCUCUCAUCGGUUAUCGAAACCCUCACAAGCCAACAAACAGAGCGCCAAUCAAAGGAUGGUCUACAACUUCGGUUAUUCGUGACCACCGUCCCUCAGAUCAAUCGGAAACUCCCGGAUGGCAAAGGGAUGACUAAAAUCUCGCUUGUCCCUGGGCCAAAUAACGAAGUGUUAGUGCCCAACAUUGAUGAUGUCCAAGAGGUUAUCAGCGAGCGCCUCCUCCAGCUGCCCAUCUUUCGGAAUGACACAUCACUGUCAGAAAUGUCCAAGAACCAGUUGAUAAAAGCCAAAGUUUCGCAAAAUGUGCAAAACUGUUUCUGGCGCCUCGAUCUUUUGCUCCGCGAGUUCGAGCAGUGUGUCAACCAACGGCAGCUUGACAAAAUUAUCAGACAAUUGACCGACGACACCUCAAGUUUUUCCUCGAUUGGCUGUCCGCUCAAUCUUGAUGUAAUCGAGCAAUACGUUGAUCUGUCGCUCGAAACACCACUCCUCUAUAGUCUCAAGAUCCAGAUCGAGAAGAGGUAUCAUACUCUGUUCGUAGUAGAUACCGAUAACAUCAUCACCUGGCGUUACGAGAUGAUGAGUAAACAUCUAAUCGAAAGUGCCAAAGACGACAAGACGAUGGAUGAGAUCCACAAAAAGCGAGGCAAACGAUACGAAGGCGUAGAUCUCGAGGAACUUGAUCUCCUUGAAAAGAUUGUCUGUACAAACUUGACAAACACACUUGGAACACACGGGCAGGAGCUAUAUGACAGAUAUGGAUUUGCGGACUUCUUCGAAUCGCGACGCGGUCGGCGGAAGGCUACCAUACGGCUUGACGUUAGCGAAUCCCACAUCCAUAUCCUAAACAUGUCUUUGAAAGCUCUUUGCGAGGAUGUUCAGGGUUUUGAUACCGAUCGAAUACGGCGGUUUACUCACAAAAAUCUCUUUCGGCUGAUCGAGCAGGCUGACGUUCGCAAAGCAUCACCUAAGCAGGUAAAGUCAAUAGGAGCCUGUUUUGUGAGGCUACUUCGAAGGGAUGGGAUGAUUGAUAAGUGGAGCAAAGAUAAGUUCUUGAGGGCUAUGAUGGGCGACUGCUUUCGCGAGGUUCGAGAAGACAUCAAAUCCUGGCUAUCCAAGAAAAGGGUUGCUGAAGCUCUAGAAAACGACAAUGAGAAAGGUUGGCUUCGAGAUAUCAGAAAGCCAGAUUCGUUUGAGGCUGCAAGAUUUUGGGACUACGCAAUGCAUCGGUUGGUUGAACGAUGGCUGGAGAACGGAAGGGAUAAGUGGGAAAUUGUUGCCUGUUUCAUACCAAAAAUUACUACCGAAUCAAUGCAUGAUUGGUUGCAUCGGAUGUGCCCCGAGUCGAAGGAGAUUCUGAUAGUGAAGCGCAUGGCGGAGCUGGAAAAGUCCGUUAUGAAUGAACUAGACAGGAAAUGGUUGAAGGAAAAACGUGAAGAGAUCCGAAAAUCGGAGCCUGGCAACGAGUGGGUGAGGAAGUUUCUGAAAGGAGAGCGUGUAGAACCUCAGGAUCCACUACAACAUUCUCCUAAAGAGAAAAAGACCCCAGUCAAGAACGAGUACCGAAAAGCACAAUCAGGGAGAGAGUUCAGAGGGCCGUUUGCAUGA